UAGGACCCUUUUACGGAAUUUGCUAUUCAAUGAAACUGAGCAGCUUUCACUGCAGGUGCGGAUAACAACAGAAGCGGCACGGAAAGAGCGUAAAUAAUCAGCGGCUUGUUCCUUCAUUCACAAUAGUUGAGGCUCUCUGUCACUGGGCGGUGGCAACAAGUGGAGAUAAAGAUGGCCAGACGUAUCACACAGGAAACCUUUGAUGCUGUUGUCAAGGAGAACAUCGAGGAGUUUGAGAUGGAUGCUGAGGAGGCUCUCAGGGAGGCUGUGCAGCAGUUUGAGUCUCAAGGUGUUGACCUCAGUUGUAUAGUGAAAGCUGUACCAGUUUCAUUAUCUGAUGACAAACAAGAGGAGCAAACACAUGAAAUCUUACAGGCAUUGGAUUCCCUUAAAAUUGGGAAAGACUCCUCCAACCUCACAGACACUGAUUUAAUGGCAGCCCUGAAAGAGUUCACUCAGCAAUGCUCUGUUGAAUUUGCCCAGAGGUACCUCGCUGCCCAAAAAGACGCUUAUCCCGUCAUCCUCUCCUAUUGCAAAAAGAGUGUGGAGGAGCAGGAGGAUCUGAUUGCCUCUCUGUCUGCCCUGGCUGCGCUGACAGACGGACAGCCAGACCUGCUGGACCUGGAGGGCCGGCACCUCCUUGUGGAAAUCCUCAGCAAGUACCAGGCAGAUGCAUCUGUGCUGUGUGUUGCCGUCCGCACAGUGCGCCACUGCUGUUUGAAGCAUGAACAGAACAGGCAGGAUUUGGUGAAAGCUGGAGUCCUGCCACUGCUGACCAGGGCCAUUACACAGCACAGUGGAUGUGCUGAGCUGGUCAAGGAGGCCUGCGCGGCUCUCAGGUUCAUGACCUUUGAUGAUGAUGUGCGGGUUACAUUUGGGCAGGCUCAUGAGCACGCCAAGAUUAUUGUUCUUGAACACAAUGGACUGAAGGUUUUAGUUGAGGCUGCUAAAGGUCACCUCGAUAAUACGUCUGUUCUCAGUGAGCUGUGUGCAACUUUGUCUCGUCUGGCUGUAAGAAAUGAGUUCUGUCAAGACAUAUGUGAUCUGGGAGGAUUAAAACUCAUGAUGACGUUGCUUGCAGACAGCUACGAGUCACCGGAGUUGGUUCGGCAGGUAUUGAGCGCUAUACGGGCCAUAGCAGGAAAUGAUGAUGUAAAAGAUGCUGUUGUGAAUGCGGGAGGAGUCCAGCUGAUUGUAAUUGCCAUGAACAGACACAUUAGCAAUCCAUCAGUGUGUGAGCAGGGCUGUGCUUGUCUCUGUGUCCUUGCUCUGCGCAAACCCAACAACUGCAAAGUCAUCAUGGAGAACGGAGGUGCUCUGGCUGCUGUGCAGGCUAUGAAGACACACACUGAUGUGGUCAAUGUGCAGAAACAGGCGUGUAUGCUGUUGAGAAACCUGGUGUCACGAAUGCGUAACUUAAGCCAACCAAUCCUGGAGAUGGGAGCCGAGGCCCUGAUAACCCAAGCACUGAAAACCCAUCAGGACUGUGCCGACGUGGGCAAAGCAGCCCUCAGAGACCUUGGUUGCCAAGUAGAGCUCCGAGAGCUGUGGACUGGCAAACAUGGUAGUCUCACCAACUGAAAGUGGCCCGCUGGAGAGCUGCAGAUGGAUACUGAGGAGUACACAGCCCUACCGUUAUACUAGUAGCAAAGUUCUUCAGUCUGCAUGUGACAUCUUAAUAUGUGCUAAUAGUAAUUUAAGAUGUCGGCAUGGAUAUAGUUGGAGCAGAAGUACAUGUGUUAAGCUAGACACACAUCCAUAAUGGUAAAGAGGUGUUGCAGAUGAGGCUUUUUACCACUGACAGUCACCUGUGCAAAUGAUUAUUUCACCAACACCCUUGACAAGCUUACUGUAUUUUUCCCAGUCAACUGUAUAGUCUUAUUUUGACAAGACAUGCAAUUGAUGCCCUGGCCAACAACACAUGUUUCAUUUGCUGUGAAUAUUUCAUACUCAAAUUAUGUGACACAAUUAUUUAAUUUUUGUUUGUGUUACUGAAAUCUUACAUGCAAACACUGCAGCAGAUGAAUACAUACAAUUGCAGCCAAUUACUCAUUCUGUCUUGGCAGUGCCAAUUUUAUUAUGUAUUGAAUGCCUUAUUUUUAAUGUAUUAGAGCCACACAUUCCCUAUUGUAAUAUUUUCUAUUGUGUUUGCCAUAAAACGUUGUUAAACUGGAA